CGGAACCCCGCCGGCGAUGGCCAUGCGCACGGGCCAUGCUCACCGUCAUUGUCCCAUGAAGCACUGGCUUGACUAGCAUGGAGAGGGGCAGCUAAGCGGCGCGUUUGAUCAUGGUAAAUUCCAGCCAGAUGACUCUCGAGUUGCUGGGUUGCUGACGGCAUUGGAAUUGUCCAAGAUAAAAGGCGCCUGUUCCCCAAAGGGCGAUACUGUGUUUGCAUAUCUGAAACGCAGACGGAAAUUAAACAAUCUACAAGAUGCAGUCCGGAAUCUCAGCCUCGCAGGAGCUCACGGCCGAGUUCAACAAGCUCCUCUCCUCCCCCACAAACUUUGCACUCCUCGCUACCAUCUCUUCUGAAGCCCUCAAGCCCGUCACCCUCCUGACCUCGUCCCCAUCCUCCUCCUUCGACGACAACCUAAACAACCUCCUCGCGCCGCACCUCAAGCCCAAUGAAGCACUAUACAUCCUCCUGCGCCGCCACGAUGCCGCCCCGCACCUCGUAGCGAUCACCUACAUACCGGACUCGGCGCCCGUGCGGCAGAAGAUGCUCUUCGCGUCGACCCGCCUGACGCUGGUUCGAGAGCUCGGCUCUGAGCAUUUCCGCGACACCGUUUUUGCAAACUCGGCCGAGGAGCUGACUCCACAGGGCUUCAAGAAGCAGGAUGCUCACAGUGAAAUGGCUGCUCCGCUUACCGAGGAGGAAAGGACUUUGGGGGCAGUGAAGCGUGCAGAGCAAGAGGCUGGCGCUGGUACGGGCGUCAAGGAGAUCCAUCUCAGCAAGAACAUGAACAUGCCGAUCGAUGACGAGGCCCUGCAGGCGCUCAAGGAGCUGGCAGACGAGAGCGGGUCCAGGAGUCUUGUGAUGAUGAAAAUCAACCCCGGGACCGAAACCGUCGAGAACGUUGCAACUUCGGCCACCCCGAGCACAAUCAGCGAGCUUGUGUCCGAGAUAUCGGCCACGGAGCCGCGCUUCACCUUUUACCGAUACACUCAUCAGCACGGCGGCGAGACCCAGAGCCCGAUCCUCUUCUUCUACACAUGCCCUACCAGCACCACUGGCAGGGUACCCAUCAAGCAGCGCAUGGUUUACCCGCUGAUGAAGCGCGCCGUGGUGACUGCGGCCGAGCAGGAGAUGGGCAUCGUGGCGGCGAAGAAAUUUGAGGUCGAGGAGCCGAACGAGAUCACCGAGGAGUCUGUGCUUUCUGAGCUUCACCCUCAGGUUGAGCAAAAGAAGGCGUUCAGCCGGCCCAAGAGGCCCGGCCGAUGAUUGGCGAUUCAAAAUGGGGCGCCACACUGGGUUUUCCCUUGCACGUUAACGAUGUAAUGAGUUGCCGCCUCUGCAGGCAGCCAUGGCUGGCAUGUCCGAAGUCUACGACCACCCAGGUACCUAGGUUUCUAGAAAAUAAAGUGUUGUCGGGGUUUAAAUGACGACA